CCUCAAGAAAUCAGCACAUCUGCUUUGUCUGCUGGGCCAGUGUCUGCCUCUCUAGCCUUCGCUGCCCCACCACAGGCAGCAACGCGGGGACAGACAAGAGCAAGAAGAGGAGCGAAUCAAGCAGCUUCUAGUGAAGCAACCACAUCGAAGGAAGCUAGUGGAGCGGAAAAAGGUUGUUCGCCGACACAAAUAGAGGCCAAGUCUAGAAGUCCAGCAAACGCAGGUGGAGACAGUGCGUCUACUUCCUCCGACGACCACAAAGAAGACUCCUCCUCGUCUUCUUCAUCCUCGUCUUCGUCACAAGCACCUUCUAGUAGAGAGGCAUCACCUGUUGCUUCAGCGAAACAACACGUGGAUGCCGUGCCAAGCAAAAAGAGCAGCACUAGCCGGGAACAAGAACAAGAAGCAAAGCCUCAUCCUGCGCCAGUCGUCCACGUCGUUCAGGAAGAUGCGCAACUUGCCGACGAAGAAGCGGAAUUUGUGACUGCCCUAAACAAGUACGAUCCAGCGUCAUCCACUGGCAUUACAGACGCUUUGAAGACAGCCAUGGCAGCACGCCAUCAACGUGGUUUUACGAUGAUGCUUCGAGAUCGGGAUUUCACCAGAAGUCGGAUUUUGCUUUCCAAGAUCUUUCGAGUUGUAGAGGAGCACUCGAACAAUCUUCAGCACGAAAAGAAGACAAGGCUAAAGGAUAGCAUCAACGUAGACGCCAUGAACUACUUACGUCUCAGUCGGGUGUUGGAGUUCUUUUUCAUCGUGGCUGGUGGAGACGAGACAAGCACUCCUGCAGCAUCGUGGCAACAUCCACAGAAGGACCUGCCCUGUGAUCAGCACAAACGUCGGCAAGCAGUGGAUACGAGCGUGAUGAUUUUACACCUUUCUAAGCUGCUACCGAAUCCAUCGCACACUGCUGAUCUCGUACUCUUUGUUCUCGACUUCUAUCUGAGCAUCGGAGAGCACGCUGUUGCUCGAGCGGUGUAUCAGAGCAGUGUAGGAAGCCCGGGCUCUGUGAGCAAAGGUACUACAAUUUCUUCCGUUCUUCAACCGUUCUGUCCCUGUCGACGCUGUCCUUCCCAAACCAGUUUGAUUUAGAAUUUUUGCAACCUCGUUCGCUGUACUAUUGAUCUUUUCUCGUCCCCUCACUCUCAUCUAUGAUCAAACUUCAGACCCUUCAACAUCCGACUCCGUCUUCGGCGAUAGCUCUGAUCUCCUUCGCACUCGAGUCAGGCGACAGCUGAGGAGUUCCGUCACCAGAAACGUAGCAAACAACUUCGACUAUCGUUGCGCUAACUGUGACGCCUGCUUAUCAGUUCUCCAGCUAAUUGAGAACACCACCUGCGGAAAAUGCGGCUGUUCGAUUGUGCUAGAUGUCCAGAAGCUGGAAUGGGUGUUUGUUGUUGCGAGUCAAGGUAGUUCCAGUGCUGGUAUCACCAGAGGUCGAAGCAUCGCUGACGAUGCCAGUUUCACAUCUCCAAGAAAAGACGCCCAUGCAGCCCAUGCAGCACUUAACACGACUCUUGGCUCUUUCAUCGGACCUGCUGGAUCUGGAGCAACACGCAUUCCUCAAGGACAUCAAUCAGAACUGUCACCAGCCUCAUCAAUUCGACGUGUCGCUUCUCCAAUGAAGAAAAUCAUAGACCAAACGCGUAACCGUCGAUUCUCAUCGCCGGACAAGAAAGGGGUUCUAGCGGCCGCUUCUAAUAUUGUGCCAACUUCUUCUUCAGUAGAGGCUAGAGCAAGUUGUACAUCAUCUUCUUCCACUACUGCUGCCUCUGCUGCAUCAAGAGGAGGACGGCCGAAACAAGUGGAAGUCUACAAUGACCUACCGCAUCGGACUGAAGAACUUCCUUCUUUGGUCUCUUGUGGGAAUUGCACUUUUCCGCAAUUCGCAGAUUCAGAAAAUGUUGGACGGUCGAUGCAGUAUAGAAGAAGAACCAUGUUGAUUCCCAGUCUUCCUAAGAAAUGCACAGUAUGUGGCCACGCACAUGAAGGUGUUGGGGUGCUUCUAGCAGAUGAAGAACAGAUGCCGUUUAAAAUGGUCAGUUGA